AAUGGACAAGCUGAAGCGGGUUCUAAGCGGGCAGGACGCGGAAGAGCCGGGUCCCCUGGCCGAGGUAGUUGAUGCAUCUUCUCUAAGCUGGAGCACCAGGUUGAAAGGUUUCAUAGCGUGUUUUGCUUUAGGAGUUCUCUGCUCUAUUUUGGGUAGUUGCCUGCUAUGGGUGCCCAGGAAAGGACUAAUACUGUUUGCAGUAUUUUAUACACUGGGAAAUAUCUUAUCCCUUGGAAGCACCAUCUUCCUUAUGGGGCCUAUGAGGCAACUGAAAAGAAUGUUUGAACCAACCCGCUUGAUAGCUACUAUAGUCAUGCUUUUGUGUCUCAUAUUGACCUUGUGUUCAGCUUUCUGGUGGCACAACAAGGGACUUGCGCUUAUCUUCUGCGUGUUGCAGUUUUUUGCCUUAGCAUGGUAUAGCAUUUCCUAUAUACCAUUUGCAAGGGAUGCUGUGAAGAAAUGUUUUGCUGUGUGCCUCUCCUAACAGGGAAGUGAGAAGUUUCGUCUCUGUAUAAGGAAAUGUCGCAAUGAGGAGUGGAAGACCUGCACAACCAUUAUCGCCUUC